CACCAGCCGCCCCAGCCUGCGCAUGGCCGACCGCCUCUACUACGGCACCCGCGACAUGGUGUUCGCGCCCUACGGCGAGCGCUGGCGCCAGCUGCGCCGCGUCUGCGUCUCCCACCUCCGCACCCAGCGCCGGGUCCUCCGCUUCGGCGCCGUCCGCGAGCAGGAGGCCGCCGCGCUGCUCGGCCGCGUCCGCGGCACCGCCGGCGCCGUCGUGAACCUGAGCGACCUCCUCGUCGCCUUCUCUAGCGCCGUCAUCUCGCGCGCCACGUUCGGCGACGCGGGCUACGGGCUCGACGGCGGCGCCAACGGAGGAUGGGCGAAGCUGAGGAAGGUUUUCGGUGAGUUCGAGGAGCUGCUCGGGACGGUGCCGAUGGCGGAGAUGGUGCCGUGGCUGUGGCUGGUGGACGUGGUGACCGGGCUGGAGCGGAAGGCCAGGCGCACGUCUGAGGAGAUAGAUCGGCUGCUCGAGAGGGUCAUCGCCGACCAUCGCCGGCGACGUCGUGGUGGUGCACGGCGGGUCGGAGACGGGGAGGAAGAUUGCAGGGACUUCGUGGACGUGCUGCAGGACUUGAGCGAGGCAGAGGAAGAGGUCGGGGGAGUCCAGCUCGACACGGUCGCCAUCAAAGCCACAAUCCUCGACAUGCUCGUUGCCGGCACCGACACUACGUACACGCUGCUGGAAUGGGUCAUAGCGGAGCUCAUCAACUACCCAGCCCGGAUGCGCAAGCUCCAGGACGAGAUCCGCGCGGCCGUCGUCGGCGACCACGUCACCGAGGACGACCUUCCCAAGCUACCAUACCUCAAGGCCGUCAUCAAGGAGACGCUCCGGCUGCACCCGCCGGGGCCUCUCCUCCUGCCGCGGGAAACCCUCGAGGACACCGAGCUGCAAGGCUACCACGUCCCGGCGCGGACGCGUGUCGUGAUCAACACAUGGGCGAUCGGCCGGGACGCGGCCACCUGGGGGGAGCACGCCGAGGAGUUCAUGCAGGAGAGGUUCGCCGCCGACGGCGAGGCGGAGUACCACAGGAUGGGGGCGGACUUCAGGUUCCUGCCGUUCGGCGGCGGGAGGAGGGGGUGCCCGGGCGUCGAGUUCGCCGUGCCGGCCAACGAGCUGGCGCUGGCGAGCUUGCUGUAUCAUUUCGACUGGGAGGUCCCAGUUCCAGUUGCAGGUGGAGGGAGGCCAUGGACGACGGCGGGAUCGUUGGUGGACAUGAGCGAGGUGAACGGCCUCUCCGUGCGACUCAAGAGGCCUCUGCUUCUGGUAGCUCAGCCCUGGCCUGCCUGACAUGCAAGCUGAUCCUGGGCUCUGCUCUCUCUCGCAUUAAGUGGUUGUGGUAGUAUGUUUUGAACAUUAGCAAUCUCUUCUUGGUAUGGCCCGGCCGGUUCACUAUUUGAAAAGGGGGGAAAUCAGCUAGGCUCCGAAUUUCGUGCAAACCUGUUCAAAUAAGUUUUGGAAUUUGGCUGAAACUUAAGAAAACUUGAAUGAACUUUGACAGUGAAGUUUGAAAUCUUA